AUGGAGGGGACCCGGGGGACGCGGCUGGAGGAACUCGAGAGGGAGAGCCUGGUGGGAGCUGUCCAUGGGGUGUCAGGGCCGGUGGUGACAGCCACGCGCAUGGCGGGCGCGGCCAUGUACGAGCUGGUGCGGGUGGGACACGCGGAGCUGGUGGGGGAGAUCAUCCGGCUCGAGGGGGACAUGGCCACGCUCCAGGUGUACGAGGAGACCUCGGGGGUGCAGGUUGGGGACCCAGUGCUGCGCACGGGGAAGCCGCUCUCGGUGGAGCUGGGCCCAGGAAUUUUGGGAUCCAUUUUCGACGGGAUCCAGCGGCCACUGCGCGACAUCGCCGAGGCCACGCGGAGCAUUUACAUCCCCCGGGGCACCAACGUCCCUGCACUGCCGCGACACCUCACCUGGGACUUUGUCCCCAGCAAGGACAUUAGGGUCGGGAGUCACGUGACGGGAGGGGACAUUUACGGGACGGUGCCCGAGAACUCUCUGCUGCAGCACCGGCUCAUGGUCCCCCCCCGCAGCCGCGGCACCGUCACUUAUGUCGCGCCCCCUGGCAACUACAGCGUGACGGACGUGGUACUGGAGCUGGAAUUCCAGGGGCUCCGGGAGCAGCUCUCCAUGCUCCAGGUGUGGCCCGUCCGGCAGGUCCGGCCCGUGGCCGAGAAGCUCCCGGCGAACAACCCACUGCUCACGGGACAGAGAGUCCUGGACGCGCUCUUCCCGUGUGUCCAGGGGGGCACCACGGCCAUCCCGGGCGCCUUCGGCUGCGGGAAAACCGUCAUCUCCCAAUCCCUGUCCAAGUAUUCCAACAGUGACGUCAUCGUGUACGUGGGGUGCGGGGAGCGAGGGAACGAGAUGUCCGAGGUUCUCAGGGACUUCCCCGAGCUGACCAUGGAGGUGGGCGGCCGGACCGAGUCCAUCAUGAAGCGCACAGCACUCGUGGCCAACACGUCCAACAUGCCUGUGGCUGCCAGGGAGGCCUCCAUAUACACGGGGAUCACCCUGUCCGAGUAUUUCAGGGAUAUGGGGUUCCACAGCUGCCUCCUGGCAGACUCCACAUCCCGCUGGGCAGAGGCCCUCAGGGAGAUCUCAGGGCGCCUGGCAGAGAUGCCUGCAGACAGCGGGUACCCCGCAUACCUGGGUGCCCGCCUGGCCUCGUUCUACGAGCGGGCAGGGCGGGCACGGUGCCUCGGGACCCCCUCCCGCGAGGGCAGCGUCAGCAUCGUCGGAGCCGUGUCCCCACCUGGAGGGGAUUUCUCGGACCCCGUGACCUCGGCCACUCUCGGCAUCGUGCAGGUGUUCUGGGGGCUGGACAAGAAGCUGGCCCAGCGGAAGCACUUCCCGUCUGUGAACUGGCUCAUCAGCUACUCACGGUACCUGCGGGCGCUGGAGCCGCACUAUGAGCGGCUCCAUCCCGAAUUCCCAAACCUCCGCAACCGCGCCCGGCAGAUCCUGCAGGAGGAGGAGGAGCUGGCCGAGAUUGUGCAGCUCGUGGGGAAGGCGUCCCUGGCCGAGGGGGACAAAGUGACCCUGGAAGUGGCCAAACUGCUCAAGGAUGAUUUCCUGCAGCAGAACGGCUACUCCUCCUAUGACAGGUUCUGCCCGUUCUACAAGACCGUGGGGAUGCUGCAGAACAUGGUGACCUUCUAUGACCUGGCCCGGGGGGCCGUGGAGGCCCCCGGGGGAGCCGAGGACCACCGGGUCACCUGGGCCACCAUCCGGGAGGGGCUCGGGGACAUCCUGUACCGCCUCAGCGCCAUGAAGUUCAAGGACCCCGUGAAGGACGGCGAGUCCCAGAUCCUGGCGUCCUUCGCACAGCUCCACGAGGACAUGACCGCGGCCUUCCGAAACCUGGAGGACUAA